AGUAAAUGAGAGCAGGGUUAAGAAAGCCUGACUAAUCAUCAGACAACGCUGAAACAAGCAAUAUUGGUAUCAAAUAUGACCCUACAAUUACAUUUAAAUGAUAGGCUAUGUUAUGUGAUUAUUGUGAUGAUGGAAAAACUUAAAAUAUAAAAUAUACGUGUUGAAAUUAUAACGACGUGUUAAUCUACAAAAAGAUAGACGUGCAUAUUUACCAUAAUAUAUCUUUUCUUAAUCCUCGAAUCUGUUUUCAUUUACGUGGUUUUGUUGUUUUCCAUUCAAACUGGCAAAAGGGACAAUGGCCUAUUUAGUCUCAUGUGUCAAUCUGCUGAUGGGCUUGGACAGUUCAGAAAACUUUGGUUUCUAUACUAUUAUGCUAAUUACAUCCCCGGGCUGGGCUCCUCAUUGGCUGAGUCUCAGUCAAUUUCAUAUUUCAGUUCUGACGUCAGGGCGCCUAUAAAACUAAGCAAUGCUUUUUAACUCGUCGGCUGACUGAUCCCUUAGAAAAAAAAUCUAUCAAUCCUUGGGUGGAGUGUUUUUUUUUCAGUCUCCACAAAGCAACUAUUUGCCCGGGACACGUACGUGAACCUCCUCAAUUUGGCGCACUAAUCCUAAAAGGAGCCAUGAAGUGUUAAAUGGUAGAAACAGAGAGAGCGGCGCUCAGACACCCGCACGCUGGGAGAGAGGGAGGAAACAGCGCUGCUCCAAUGCGUCUGUGCAACACAGACUGAAGAAAAAAAAAACUUAUCGACUCACAAAACCAAAACCCGCGCUGCGCAAUUAGUGCGAGGAAAUUCACUUUUUCUUCCUGUUUUGAAGAAAAUAAAUAAAGAAAUCAAGCUGGCUCAGUGCGUGUCUCAGCAGCCCACUUUGACAGGUGCUCCUCACCCCCUUUGGAGGACUGUCAACAGCAAGAGGAUGGCAUCAGAGCUGGCAAUGAGCAACUCCGACCUGCCCACCAGUCCCCUGGCCAUGGAAUAUGUUAAUGACUUCGAUCUGAUGAAGUUUGAAGUGAAAAAGGAGCCGGUGGAGCCCGAUCGCAGCAUCAGCCAGUGCAGCCGCCUGGUCGCCGGGGGAUCCCUAUCUUCCACCCCGAUGAGCACGCCUUGCAGCUCGGUUCCCCCCUCUCCAAGCUUCUCGGCGCCCAGUCCGGGAUCAGGGAGCGAACAGAAGGGGCACUUGGAGGAUUUCUACUGGAUGACCGGGUACCAACAGCAGUUGAACCCCGAGGCUCUGGGCUUUAGCCCGGAGGACGCCGUAGAGGCGCUGAUCAGCAGCAGUCACCAGCUCCAGACCUUCGAUGGCUAUGCCAGAGGGCAGCAGUUCGGCGGCGCAGCCGGCGCAGGAGGCGCCAUGGCCGGGGAGGAGAUGGGCUCAGCGGCCGCCGUGGUGUCCGCGGUUAUCGCUGCAGCCGCAGCUCAGAAUGGGAAUCCCCACCACCACCACCACCAUCACCACCACCAUCACACAGGGGCACACCACCCCUCCUCCGGGUCUCAGUCCAGUGGUGUCGCGGGGGGAAACCACCAGCACUUGCGCUUGGAUGAUCGGUUCUCGGACGAGCAGCUGGUGACCAUGUCGGUGCGGGAAUUGAACAGGCAGCUCCGGGGGGUCAGCAAGGAAGAGGUGAUCCGUCUGAAACAGAAGAGGAGGACGCUAAAGAACAGAGGUUAUGCCCAGUCAUGCCGGUACAAGCGGGUUCAGCAGCGGCACGUCCUGGAGGGAGAGAAGACGCAGCUUAUCCAGCAGGUGGACCACCUCAAGCAGGAGAUCUCCCGGCUGGCCAGGGAGAGGGACGCCUACAAGGAGAAAUACGAGAAGCUGAUCAGCACCGGCUUCAGAGAAAACGGAGGAUCCAGCAGCGACAACAACCCCUCAUCCCCGGAGUUUUUCAUGACGUCAAGAAAAUUCCUCCAUCUGUGAUAGAGAGCUGUGACUUCUCCGUCCCACCACCCUGGAAUCUGAGAUGGACGGAUGGUGGGACUACAGACGAUGGCGGAGGAUGACGGCUUGAGCGAGGGAAAGCAAAGGGCUAGUUUUGUAUGCUUUCACAUCGGCAGUCAGAAGACGGUGGGAGAGGAAGGAUGGAGGCAAAAUUAGGGAAGGACUUAAGGGACUGAGGAAAGGAAGGCACCUGGAUUUGAAUGCAGACAUGCAUGCCAGGGUGAGAGAACAGGAGGAGGUGAGGAGGCGAAGAAAGGGAUGGCAGGAGGGCUCCUGGCCAUGGAUGCAGACAGACAGGCAGGGUAACCAGAGGCAGGCGGUGACCUUCUCUGCUGCUGGAGGAUCGAAGGCUUUAUUUAAAGGCCUGGUCAAUGCUGGGUGCUGCUGAGGUAUCAGCCUCGCAGCCAGGCGACUCAUCACCACUGUAAUACAACUCUCUACAACCCCUCUCUCUCACACACACGUAGACACACGCACACACACACACACAGACAGGACAGGACACUCUCUGGACACCUCAGGUUUUACACUGUACAGUUCGAGAGCUGGACAGGGGAAACUACAGCAUCAGCAUCGGCUAAUUUUACUGUGCAGCAGACAGUACGCGCUACUUUCCUCAUGCGCUCAGCAAUGUGAAGCACACGCUUGUUUUGCCUUUGAAAUGCACUCCAUCACUGUCCACUUAUUUUAAUGUUGGCCAGUUAUAAAUGACAACAUAACCCACAAUUUUCGCUGAUAUUGACACAGUAAGGAUGGAGGUGGUGAAAGUGGUGGUUAAAAAAAAAAGUCAGAAUGCAGGCUGCAGGCUGCUGAGGUAGGGCACCUGCUUCUUUGUGUGUGUGUGUGUGUGUGUUCGCAUGUGUGUGUGGCUGCGGCGUUAGGACACCUGCAUGCUUCAGCACUUUCUGGCAGUCAGGAGCUCUGAGGUCACAGGCAGGGGAGUGGAGAGGGCACAUUAGAGUAAGCUUCAGAUCCCCCACCCACCCACCACACCUCCACGAUCCUUCCAUACUGCAACUCACACCAACCCCCAAGUUUCCUUCUUCCCCCGUUACCCCACCGUCAUCCCUCCGCCUCCUGCUCGUCUUCCCCCCACGGUGACGUCAGCCGCUCGGGGGGGGGGCACAGGGAGGCAAGGUGCCUCUGUGGCUGACAGCAGGCAGGUCAGGUUUUUGUAGACAUGGCAGAGGAGGAAGGACACAUGCGCACAUGCACGCAGUCACGUCAAGAUGUGGAAGUAUGUAAAGGAGAGGAUGCUUAAAUUGAAGCACGCGUGCUUCAAUUGGGCUGUAAACACCUAAAAAAGCUUUUUCCAAUAGUUGGUGGUUAAUAUCAAAGCUUCAAAAAUGGCAGGUAGGAAAAAUAGUAAUAUAAACUAGGCGGAAGAUUAAUAUUGAUGUAUAUCAUGAUAACUGUUUAGGCUUGUUAAUGUUCAUCACAUUGGACUACGUGGUAAUGGCAAACGAGCAGUUUUACUCUGGGGAAAAUCUGACUAUUGGAUCAACGUAGUUAAAACAGUAUAUCAUAAUUUUUGAUAUUGAAGCAAAAUUCCACAAUAUGAUUUCAGAUGAAAAACAAUAAAUAUCAAUGCAUCGCCCACACUUACUGUAAUUCGAACAUUUGUCACUUAUAAAACACUACAGCUGUGUUGGAGUCUUUGUGUUCUGCAGCGACAAGGAUUUGCUCCAUCCACAGCUUGACAUACUUCACUAUUCAUUUACUGCCUGGGAUAUAUAUAACUACUAGCUGCUCUGUGUGAGACUCGUUACACUGUUACAGUCUUGAUAGUGACACAGAAGUCAUCCCUCAAUCCAGAAAAUCCAAAUGACAGGGAGGAUAUGAACAGGAUGUAUGCUCAUUAUCAGGCCUGGUCUGGAAAAAAAGAGAGAGGAAGCAAGUAGAUUUGGGUCUGGAUCAGAAAUAACAAAGAGGGAAAAGAUUUGACUUUCCGCAGUUGUAAAGACACACAAACUGAACACAGAACAACUCUGUUUAGAUUUGGAUUGUUUUUUAAAAUGUGUUAUGUGUUUUCACUUUCUUCUAAACCACAGAAUAGAUGAUACUUCAUGAGAAAGCUUCUCCCUCAAGCCAAACCUCCAAACAUCAACCCGCUCCUCUUUUUAACUUGUGUUUAGUUUUCUCUCCGAUGUUUCAGUUGUUUAAGCCUGGAUUGUGUUGUUUUAUUCAAACAUAAUUAGUUGUAAAGCUGUUGCCAUUGUGUGUGUGUGUGUGUGUGUGUGUGUGUGUGUGUGUGUGUGUGUGUGUAAGCCUCAGAGCCACUGUUGUCCUCAGGUUGUGACUGUGUGUUCACAGCAUGAUUGAGAAAGGAAGUUGUGAUCAGCCGGAGGUUAGUGUGAUAUAAUGUAUUCCCCUGAAUAACCUCAGCCAGCAGCCCAGGGCCUUCCUCUCGCCCGCAGCCUCCUUCUCCUUACACACACAUAAACACACACACACACUCCUUCCUCGCUCCACUCGUGUCACCAUCCCAUCCUCUCUCCCUGCGGUGACUGCCCAAUGCUAGCUGCUUAGCGUUGCACCCAGUGUCUAAUUGAAUUCCAACACUCCAGUGUUAGCUCCUGAUGCUAUAGAGAUGUUAACACGGCACAAUACUAACAGUCCUCGGGACGUGUUUCAACACCACUCUCCUAAAGAGAAAAUGAGUGCUAAGCUCACUCUGGCAGCGCAUGAUUUAUUUAAAGCUCCAAACUAUGUCUUCUGCAUCCCCUAAAGGAUCGUUUUUUAUAGCCAUGAGCGAAUCAGCACUUCAUAUACACACAUGCAGCACAUACAGAAUGUUUUGUGGCUACACUGUUGGUAGACAGAAUGUGUGUUUCCUCUCACUUCUCAAGCUUCUACUCGAGUGUAUCUAUUGUGCCUUAUAUAAAUGUGUCUGCUGCUCUCUCUGCAUCCAUAUUGCUGGCGAUGCCGUCCAUCCCCUCUCCCUGACACCCUCACUUUUAUUCCCUGGCUCUCAAACACUAGCUCUGGGCGUUAAUGGCACAUAUUUCCUGGGCCUGGCUGAAACGGGAUGCAUCUUCCCCUUGUUAGCUUGAUAAAUAACCAUGCUGCUGGGAAAGUGCUGAAUUUUAGCUUUCAGCCUCUAUUUUCUGCUGGAUGACAUUAAUUUUAAGUGCUGAGAAGGAGCUAACUAAUACAGACAAAUAAAUAAGGUGGAGUAAGGGAAGGUGCAGCGGUGCUGGAGUCACUCUGCUGUGUCGUCCCCCACCCCCCUUUACCUUUUUAUACACAAGCAUAUAUGCAAUAUGCAAACCUGCAAAAAUAUACAAUACACACAAGGGUCAAUCAAGCAAGCACAGUCACACUUAGUUUCUCAAUAGAUGCUUCUGCUGUUGUCCCAACUGUGAAAUCAUCUUGUACGACCUGCAGAGGUCAAAUGUUUAACAUGUUGCAGGCAGACAGACAGUCUGUCAGGCUGAAAGUAAGAUUGGCUCCAUGCUAUCUACUGUCUGUGUCCGUCGAUCCUCUCUGUCUGUCCCUCUUACCCUCUCAUUCUGUCUUCCCGAAUUCUGUGUUUCAACAGAAAUAGAGAUUAGCGAGGCAGUAAUGUGGCGGCAGAUCACAGUGCACACACUAUGGAUAAAUUGUCCUUAUAUGAGUUUAUAGAAACAACAAAACAUAGAUCAGGUUGGAAAUUAAGUGGCUCAUUUGUGGAUUGUAAUUGAGAGGUAGUUAAUUAUUGUUUAAGAAAAGAUAAGAAAAAAGUUGUUUUCUAGAUAAAAUACUUAUAUUAAAGCCCCUUAAACUAGAUGAAUACAGGUUAAAUUAUAUUAUUUAUUGCAUUGUUGUUUGUGUGUGCCGCAUUUGUGGAUAUGUGCCAUAUUUGCUGUGCUGUAACAGCAUGAAGGCAGGUUCAUCUCCAUCAUGUUUGCUGUUUGGAAAGUAUUCAGUGUUCUUGUAGUCAACACCAGACUCUAAGCUUCAUCAGCUGCACUACAUGGACAUUUGACAUGGAGAAAAAUAUAAUGUAAGAAAGUAGAUCAGUAUACAAAAUUAAAUUUGAAUCUCCCAAAAUAUCAACUUUUAUCAUAUUUUGCUUAUUAUUUUCAUCUUGAUCCUGUACAUUUUUAUUGCUGUCCUUUAAUUUAUUUAUUUUUAUUUGGUUUUAUUUAAUUGUACAUUCUUUUUUCUUGUUUUACAAUUUUGAACCCACAAAACCCCAAGAUGACUUGACAUUUAGAAAAAGCUUCUGUCACAUGACAGCAGCAAAAGCACAGCAAUAAAUGUGUUUUACUGCUGGCCUAUAAACAAAGAACACAAGGAUGUCGACAGGACAAACCCAGCACUACUGAUGCUGUGAAUCUACUUUUAUCAGUUCCAGCAUGCAGGAUUAUACUUAGAUGCAUGACUAUCAGUUGCAGGUCACACACACACACACACACACA